AUGAAGGCCAUGCUCGCCCAGGCCGCGCAGCAGCGGGCGGCCGACCAGGCCCGUUGGCAGGAGGACCUCCGCGGGCUCAAGGAGAAGCACCUGAAGGAGAUGCGCAGGCUCAACGGCGGGGGCGCCAUGGCCAGCAGCGCGCACACCGACCAGCUCACCCAGUUCAACGAGCAGAUGAUCGGGGAGCUGACCGCGAUGCAGCAGCACAUCCACGUCGUGAAGGAGGACACCAUCGACGCCGUCGUGCUCGAGGGCGACAGCGUCUUCGAGUCCCAGCAGAGUUCGGACCGCCACGCACAGGAGCAGUGGAGCCAGGAGCAGCCCUACGGGCUCGUGGGCAGCACCGACUCCGACGACAUGGCGGGAGUCGUGCCCUGA